AUGUGGCACAUCCGCCCCGGCGAGUCCCCCCUCGUCACCGGCACCCACACCCACAUCCGCCGCCGCUCCUCCAACACCCUCCCCCAGCACCCCCCCGCCCCCGCCCCGCCCCCGCCCCCGCCCCCAAAGCCUCCCAAGCACGCACCCGCCGCCAAUCCACCUCCAGCACCACCACCUCCACCUCCACCACCAACCCCGCCCCGCACCGCCUCGACCCCAGCACCGUCUACCUCACCCCACGCAUCCUCCCCCGUCGCAUCCUCUCGCUCAACGAGCCAGGCAGACCGCACGGUGGCCGUCCGCUCCCCACUUCAAACUCAAACCCAAACUUUAGGAGUGCAGCGGAGAAGAACAUCCCGCAAGGACCGCAGAGGAGGCAAAACGGUCUCAAACUCAUACUCGCUGCCCGCGAACCUGACGUCCAGCUACCACACCAGCGCCAGCAGCGCCAGCAAGCGCCCCAACUCGCGCCCACAAUACCACCACCCCACCAGCAGCGGCAUCAGCAGCGGUAGCAACCCGCGCCUGCGCAGCAGCGGCUACAUCCCCAACGUCCGGGUCUCUGCGCCGCAGAACCUCGACGGCGACCUUGGUAGCAGCCCGCUUGAGGAUCGCGAGACACAAUCGUCCAGAAUAGUGCGUAGGAGCUUCAGCAGUACCAGUUAUAGAUUCCUGACGGCACUAGAGCGUCCCGCUGACUAUGACCCCGUCGGGGCGCGAAAGGUGUACAACUACAUGCCGAGCGGGUACUGGGCCGGCCGCAUCAGCUCCAUCAUGGACCGGCUGGCGGCGGAGUUUCCCGAUGUGGCGCUGGCGGACAGGGUCAAGAUGGCGUUUGGGGACUUGUUGGUCAUGGCGUGUGGGCCCGGUGCGGAGCAGUCGUUGAUGGAGUUUAAGAAGGCGUUUGAGAGGAAGAUGAAGGAUGGGAAGAUCUGA